CAGGAUGAUGGACUGGUAUUGGUAAUUUGGUAUAGAGCUGGCCAUAUUUUAUGGCAUGAAAAUGGCCUUGGGAUUCCAAUUUUGUGGGUCCCUUCUCGCUACCCAACAAUAUCCUCCUUCCAGUCAUCUCCCACGGAAAGCCACAGUGCCAUUUCAUGUCAACCCAAUGACUUUAUCUCUAUUAACCUAGCUUCCUUUGAACCAUCCUCUUCCUCUUCUCUUCAUGUAGCAGAAAUCUUGAAUUUCUAGAUUUUUUGGUGCAUUUCUUGUCUCAAAACCCAUUUCACCAAAUUGCCUUAAAUGGGUUACCUUACUUGUAAAGCAGAAUCAGCUGUUGCCAUCGCCACCCCAACUUCUCAAACUACUUCUUCCAAAACCAACCAAAAUAAACAAGAAAAACCCAUCAAGAUCCAACAGUUUCAUUACAAUGAUCUUGUGGCGGCUACCAAUGGGUUUUCUGAUCAGAAACUCCUAGGCAAAGGCAGCCAUGGCUGUGUCUACAAAGCCGUUAUCCGUGGGCGCCACGUUGCUAUCAAGAAACCCUCAAAAAGUCUUGAAAUUGGCCAGGAAGUGGAUAAUGAGAUCGAGAUCUUGUCCAAGAUUCACAGCCCAAGAUUGGUAAACUUAUUAGGCUUUGCAAAUGAUACUAAAGAUAGAUUGCUUGUUGUUGAAUUCAUGAGCAAUGGCACUCUAUAUGAUAUUCUUCACUCAAAUUCAAGACCACCCAAUUGGGGUCGAAGAAUUCGAAUGGCUUUGCAAAUUGCCAAGGCCAUUGACACUUUACACUCACAAAACCCUCCAAUAAUCCAUAGAGAUAUAAAGUCUGCAAACGUUUUGAUUGAUAGGAAUUUUAAUGCAAGAUUGGGUGAUUUUGGUUUAGCACUAAGGUGUGGAAUUGAUGAUGAUUAUAGACUUAAAUCUACUCCACCUGCUGGUACUAUUGGUUAUCUUGAUCCAUGUUAUGUUACUCCAGAUAAUUUGAGUACUAAAACUGAUGUCUUUAGUUUUGGGAUUUUGUUGUUGGAGAUCAUUAGUGGAAGGAAGGCCAUUGAUGUGGGGCAUUCACCACCUUCUAUUGUGGAUUGGGCAAUUCCACUUAUAAAGAAGGGGAAGCUUGGUGCUAUUUAUGAUCCAAGAAUUGCCCCUCCUAAGGAUCCUGUGACAAGGAAGCAGUUGGCUUUGAUUGCUGCUAAAUGUGUGAGGUCUUGUAGAGAGAGGAGGCCAGCAAUGAAGGAGGUGAUUGAUUGGUUAACUGCUUUAAGUAAAUUGGUUCCUCUUCAUUCAUGGAAUGGAUUCAACAAUCCCUGUAUGAUGGUGGAGACGAUGGGACGUCCAAUUGAAUUGAGAAAUAACCAGUUUGGUGUAAGACCAGAGGGUGUUGGAGAAGAGAAUUUGGAUGGUGCAGAGGGUAAACUUGGUUCACAAUCAGUGAAGGAUUCACGGAGAGUGUAUUCAGAUUUGGGGUUUCGGAGCAAUUUGAUGGAACUUAUGGGUGGAACAGAGGGUGAGUCUGGAUUUUUGGGAGAGAUUGAUGGGAUUGAAUCUUCUCUCAAGUCUGCAAAUCGGGUUUUUAGCUCUAGAUUUGGUAGUGCAAGAUAUGGUAUCAAAGGAAGAGCUCAAUCCAAGGCUCAUGGUAAUGAAAAAAGUCUCUUCCGAAUUAGAAGACACCAGUCUGCUGGGGAUGGUUCAGAAAUAUUUUCAAAGCACAAUGACACAAUUGCUCGUUCAAGUUUUAGUACUCAAGGAUGUCAUGACAUCUAGCACACCUUAAAAAUAUGAUUGAAGCAACUUGAGGGCAGAGCGAAGCUCCGGCUUCUAAGCUUCUAUUGAUCGUGAAUUUCACUGAUGUAGAUUUGUUAGUAGUUCAUUGAUUUGUGAGUUUCCAAUUAAUCAGCAGUGCUUACUGAAAUGUUAAUGUGUUGUUUGAUUUGAAAUAUGUGUAGAUCAAGGCACAUUGCUGAUGUCCCUAUUAUAGGCUUUUUAUGUUUUUUAUUUAUUACAUCUUUGGUAUGCAAAGCUGAUGUAUUAUGCAGAAUCGCUGUUGAAUAAAUGCAUCAAUGUGAUUCACAA